AAAUCUUGAUCAGUUAUGUACGAACAGAUGCAGCACACCAUGCUCUAAUACUAAAACAAGAGUUAUCUUCCCUUGGUUUUAGUGUCUAUCUUGAUGUACAUGAAAUCACAUCAGGUGUGGAUUGGCAGGAUUCUCUCAAUGAUGCUGUCAGGAAUUGUCAGGUGUUUGUCCCAUUAGUCACACCUAAGUAUGGAGAAACUUUAUGGACCAAUAGAGAGAUAAAGUUAGCCGAUGUUUUAGGAAAGUACAUCAUUCCAGUCAGUUUCCUGUCAGACUGGCCACCACCAUGCCUUGCAAUACAAUUUUCAACAACACAGUAUAUCAGCUGGACUACUUAUAAUACAGAUAAAAAUAAGGACAUAUUUACAUGGAAGAGUAAAGAUCUGAAGUGUGUAGCAAAACAGAUAGCAGAAAAAGUUCAGAAGUUCAUGAACACAGACUCAGAUCUUCCUUCUCUUAUCAAAAGGAAAACUGUAGUAAAGAGUUGUCCAUGUGUAGAUAGUUCUAAUCCACAAGCAACAAUAGAAAACAGAGAGGGCAAUCCACUAGUAGUUAUAUGUGUACAUCCACAACAAUCCACACUGGCUGUUGGGAUGAAAGAAUUGUUAGCGAGACACAAAUUUGAGGUUUGGUGUUCAACACAGUUAUCAAUGAACUAUCCUGAUUCUUUGACAGAUCAUGAAACUGGUAUAAAACCAGGAACAACAGAGUUACAGAACAGACAAAUCUUCCAAGAACAAGCUGAUGAAGCUGGAGUUAUUGUUCUUAUUCUGUCACAACAGUUUAUACUGUCUAGAACAUGUCAACAGCAGGUAUUUUAUUGUGAACAAAGGAAGAAACUGGUUCCAGUUUUAUAUGGUGAUUUUGUGAUACCAGGCUGGUUGACCAUAUUAACAGGUCAUCAUGUAUUAAUGAAUGCAGACAAAUACAAAGAUCAGCUUAUAGGCAGAGCAGAAGAACUACUAAUAUCUACAGAGUACGACAGAAAUUCAUCAAGAGAGACUUGUGUUAGAGAAAUUAAGUCAACUGUAUCGUCUAGGUUAUCUGUACAAGUAACUGGUAGUUCUUCCCUGAUUACAGACAUGACAGAGAAAAUUUGCAGGUCGAUAGGUACAUCUUUAGCAUCUAUAGAUAAUAUUGUGGUAGGGACAGGAAGUGGAUAUGGCGUGGAAGACAUGGUGGCACAGUCUUUCUAUCAGGAAUCACAAAGAAUGUGGAAAACUAACAAUAAAGUUCUACAUAUACACACACAAAAUCAGCUAACAGAUUUGAAAAACUAUGGCAUGACAACUCAAGUUAGACAUGAAGAUUUUCCUGCCAUUGUGGCUAGUGUGUUUGAUAUAUGCAUUGUUAUAAAAGGUAAAUUAGACAAUUCCAAUUUGAUUGACAGCUUCAUAUGGAAUGAGAAAAUGGUUAUUCCAGUGCUGUGUCAAGAUCUGGCACAAAUAUCAAAGAAACCUCAAGACAUAAGUGAAAAUGAUUGGUCCAUAUUAUCCAGUGCCAUGUCAACACCAGAACAAAUAGGACAGGUGGUGAAAUCAGUAAUUUUACAGAAUUCCUCAGAAAGACUUUCAGAACAAAUCAGCAUCAUCAAUGUACCCACUAUGAGUCCCAAUACAGCAUUAAGGAAAAUGACAACAGUAUUACUCCCUUAAUAUAUCUAACAUAUUGAAUUUUAAUUUUAGAUACAAAUGUGAUGACUUGAAAACCUAAUUUAUGAUUUAAAAUAAUUAAAGUUUAAUAUUAGAUUGGAUUUGUACUUUUUAGUACACAUUUAUGAAAAGUGAAGAGGUAAAUAAUUUGUAUAAAUUAAGAGAACAUGAUGAGCGUAGUAGGAUCAUGAUAAUCAUGAGAAAGUGGUAUAAUUGUAGCAGAAUUGUUGUAGAAGGGUAAUAAGGAUGUAGUAUCAUCUUGAAAACAACUAAAAUUAUCAUUUUCAUGCCACUUAUACUGCGACCUCACCACGAUAUGAAUUAAUUUAAUAACGUGGUGAGUCUGGUGCGAUCUAUGUCUAGUGUAACUGGGGUUUAAGGUUGAAAGUUGGACUGUUUAAAAUGAAGUAUUUAAAUUCUUAGAUAAGUUAAAUAACUGAAGAAAGUUUUACUUUCAAGCAUUCAUUUGUUGAUCAUUUUCUAACUAAUACCACCAUAUGUGUUCAUUUAACAUUCCUAAUAUUGCAUGUGUUUUUAUUCAUUUGUAUCGAAAAGAAAUAUACCUGUGUUGCAUUUUCUUUUUUUGGCAGGUCACUGUAUUGUUUUAUUGCGAAAAUUAAUUUUGUAUUGACAUGAUAAAUAUUUUGAUGAAACCUUUUAUGUGAAUUGAAUUUUUCAAUUUUUUUUUCAUUCCAGAAAGAGUGAUGAUUGAUAAUAAUCAAAUACUGUAUUCUGUAAAUUUAGAAAUUAAUACUACUUUAAUUUUAUCACAAAGGAAAAUUUAUAACCAGAUGAAUAUUAAAUAUUAGUUUAAUAGUGAAACUCAUAUUGAAAUUUUAUUAUAAUAUUCUUCAACAUGAAUACUUUACACUAGAAAU